GGCAUUGGGGUGUUAAUGGAUUAUCGAAAGGUGUUGACUCAGGUGUGUGUGUGCUCUUGUGUGUGUGUGUGUGUGUGUGUGGUGAAUGAGGGUGGUACAGUGCUCAAAGUGUGCUGGGAUCUAAUUCAGACACCAGUCUGGAGUCCUCACUCGUCUCCCCUGCUCCCUCUGUCACUCCUCUGUCAUCUGCCUCCUGUUUCCUCACUUUUGCUUCAUCAUUUUUGUUUCUCGCCCGUCUUCGCAUUUAGCUAGCACCAGUCGUCUCUCUGGCUCUCUUCUCUUUUUGCAAUGUCUUCCCUUUGCAGCGCCUAACAGUCACCUACCGUCAACAUGGAUAUCGGAGGACUGACCACCGUGGUAGCAAAUUCUGCUUACAUCAAUGCCCGUGGAAGCAUUGAUGGCUCUAAUCCAGCAACAGCUCGGGAUAAGAAGUACCAUUCUCGCCUCAAACUGCCCCACAUCACUGUGUGCGAGGGCCUGAGGGACACCCUAGAUUUGGCCUUCGACACGGUCUGCGUAGUACAACCGAUUGGCAAGCGCCUCUUUAGGGAAUUCUUGGAUGCGAAUAAAGAGUACCACGGGGCUUGCCGUUUGUGGAAAGACAUCGAGGACUAUGACCUGGCGGAGGACUCUGACAGGGCGAAGAAAGCCUCAAAGAUUGUUCAGCGGUACAUGGACGCCUCUGCCAAACACUACUGCGCAUACCUGCCUGAAGACAUCAUAGCGAAGGUGAAGGAGGGCCUGGAGGCCGUAGGGGAUGACUUGUUUGCCGCGGCACUAGCCACAACGUUGGACUAUCUACGAGAGGCCCCAUACACUUUCUUCAUGGAGAGCAUGUACCUGAAGAGGUUCCUGCAGUGGAAAUGGCUGGAGAUGCAGCCCAUGGAUGACGACUGGUUCCUGGACUUCCGUGUGCUGGGGAAAGGUGGGUUUGGGGAGGUUUCCGCCUGUCAGAUGAAAGCCACUGGAAAACUGUAUGCCUGUAAGAAGCUCAACAAAAAGAGGCUGAAGAAGAGGAAAGGCUACGAGGGGGCGAUGGUGGAGAAGCGCAUCCUGGAGAAGGUCCACAGUCGCUUCAUUGUGUCUCUGGCGUACGCCUUCCAGACAAAGGAAGAGCUUUGUCUGGUCAUGACCAUCAUGAAUGGAGGCGACCUCAAGUACCACAUCUACCUGGUGGAUGAGAACAACCCGGGCUUUGCUGAGCCCAGAGCCUGUUUUUACAUCGCUCAGAUCAUCCAGGGCUUGGAGCAUCUCCACCAGAAAAGAAUCAUUUACAGAGAUCUCAAACCAGAGAACGUGCUGCUGGAUAAUGAUGGAAAUGUGCGUAUAUCUGACUUGGGUCUCGCCGUGGAGCUAAAAGAAGGCAAAACACUGACUAAAGGCUACGCCGGGACGCCAGGCUACAUGGCACCGGAGAUGCUCAAGGGAGAAAAGUACGACACCUCAGUGGACUACUUCACCUUGGGGGUGACUUUGUUUGAGUUCAUGGCUGCUAAGAAUCCGUUCAGAAACAGGGGAGAGAAGGUUGAACGGGAAGAGAUGAAAGAGCGUAUGCUGAAUCGGGUGGUGACCUAUCCAGAUAAUUUCAGUGAGCACGCAAAGUCUCUAUGUGACGGGCUGAUGGCCAAAGAGGUGAAUCAGAGAAUGGGAUUCAAGAAUGACUGCUGCGACGAGAUUAGAGCACAUCCUUUUUUUAAUGACAUCAACUGGAGGAAACUGAACGCAGGCAUCCUACCUCCUCCUUUCGUCCCUGACCCUAAAGUGGUGUACGCUAAAAGUCUGGAUGAUGUCGGAGCUUUCUCCUCCGUGAAGGGGGUGACCUUGGAGGAUCCCGAUAAAACCUUUUUCGACGAGUUUUCCUCAGGGAACAUCUCUAUCCCUUGGCAAGAGGAGAUGAUCGACAUGGGAAUUUACGGCGAGCUCAACGUUUGGGGCCCUGAAGGCACCCUGCCCAACGACCUCCGCAGAGAGUCCAUACUAGAGCAGCCAAAGUCCUCCACGUGCUGCGUCUCGUAGAGUCGCUGAAACACUCGUAGAGUCACUGAAAAUACGCGUGAAGACUCUUUAUUUCUGUAGAACGUGCGGCAUGAAGACUUUCUGACCGCAGAUUAACGCAGCUUGAGACUUUGAACUGUGGGCACGGGAAACAACGAGAGCAGAAAGGAGGUGGAUUUUUUUUUUUGACCUGGAUGUAAACUAUUUAGCGUAGCCUUAGGUUUUAAAAAAAAAAAUCUAUACGUACUUAACAUUGUAUUUUUGUUGUUGCUUUAGUCCUUCCUUCACAGUCUGUCCAACAAUCUGCUCACUUACUCCGUGUCCGUGUCCGUGCGAGUGGUAAAACUUUUUUUGUGCUUUUAGAAUUGAAAUGUACUUUGAAAAAUCCCACUUUUCAUCAGGGGUGCUAAGUGACAGUCCCACGUUGAACAUGUAAAAGUUUUCUUUUUUCUCUACUACAUAUAUGUUCCUAUAGAGUAUAUGCCAUUUAAUGGGAAGAAGUGUUUUGUUUUUAUUUAUUUUUUCUUAGUUUUUAAUACAUAAAGCUGUUAUUUUACCAAAAGCUACGGCACCUGAAAUGCAAAGUUUCCUGCUUUUGGAAAAAAUAUUUUCUUAAGGGUUUAUUUAAUUGGUCACUUUUUAUGAAUAGCCUUUGACGAAUGUGUAUGCAGUGUAGAUGUUGUGGGAUUAAUAGGGCUAGAGGAGAAAUGCUUAAAGCAAAUCAGUUUACUUUUAAAAACAAAUUUUUGAACACAACUUGGACAAGUCAGAAUCAUCAAAUGUUGAACUGAAAAAGCACUGGCAAAUAAAAAAACUUAUUCAAAUGGA